AUGUUGCGGUGUCCGGGCCGUGUCGUUUCCUUUUUACCACCUGAAGUUCUGACAUGUCGCUUGUGUUUCGGCGAGACAGUCAAUAAAAGCGAAGUGGAACGUCUGAUCCAGCUCUUCGACACGCUGGUGGCCGAGUCCGGCAGCCGCUUUGCUGCGGCGGGCUUGAGCCGGAGCACGUUCAGAGACGCUCUGUACAGUGCCUUUGGCAUGACGGACGACAUGAUCAUGGACAGAGUGUUCCACACUUUUGAUAGAGACAAUGAUAACUGCAUCAGUGUGGUGGAAUGGGUGGAAGGCUUAUCAGUAUUUCUUCGAGGGACACUGGAAGAAAGGAUUAAAUACUGUUUUGAGGUUUACGACCUGAAUGGUGAUGGAUACAUUUCAAGAGAGGAAAUGUUUCAAAUGCUGAAAAACAGCCUUCUCAAACAACCAUCAGAAGAAGAUCCUGAUGAGGGAAUCAAGGACUUGGUAGACAUAGCACUGAAGAAAAUGGACUAUGAUCAUGACGGCAAGCUUUCUUUUACGGACUUUGAAAAAGCAGUCAGAGAUGAAAUUCUUCUCUUAGAAGCCUUUGGACCAUGUUUGCCAGACAUAAAGAGCAGUAUGGCAUUUGAGCAGAAAACUUUCCAGGACACCCGUAAACUGUAACUCCAAGUGGAAUACUGUUCUAAGAGACUUUCUCUUCACCAUUCUUCACGGUAUAGUAAAAAUAGGAGCAACCUGAAACUAUUACUAAGUUUCAGUAUUCCUUUACUGUGAAAGCUACUGAAUAAAUAUUAUUUACUUCUAUUACUUUACCUAAAUACAGUUCUU